AUGGAUGCGGCGUUUCAGCCGUCGGUCAACUCUGUCAGCGACGACGUGGACAUAUUGCAGCAGCGGAUCCAGCUGUACUUGCGAAGCGACGGCCCGUACAACGUGCAAGAGUGUCUGGAGUACAAGAGGCUCAUGCUCGCGAUUAUCAAGCAUCGUCGACAGGGUACAGACCCACCCGACCGAUGCUUUCUGGACAACCUUGGGUUGAUCGUACAAGAAGGAACAAGCUACACGCUCUAUGUGCAGGCACCAAUCAUCGAAAAGCACGAAACUAAACGUCAUUUGUAUGACGAUUCAGAUACAAAUAAAAGAGAUAUCUUACUGUCGGGCAUGAUCUGUGCAAAGGUGCUUCAGCAGAAUAAACGGGCAUUCAAGGCAUCCAGCAAGGCCGUCUUUUGGGCGGGCCCUUGCUCGUUGGUGUGCGACAAGCCCGCGAAUGAUGCAUUUGUUUUCAAGGGAAAGGUAAGUGACGUCUGUCUGCAGGACGUUCAGAUCAUGAAAGUUAUGCGCUUUGCCACGCCUCCGUCGGAGAUCAAGAAUAAGCAGGAGGUUGGGGAUGUGAUUAAGGAUAUCCAUGUCGGCACUGUUUCACUUGCCACUGCGACAUGGCAUUCCGACGGUUCGGCUUCACUGACUCCGGGCGGACUCGGAGUCACUCACUGUUCAACCGUUAAGUGA